AUGGCAGAGCCGAAAGCAUCGUUGGUCGAGGUGCUCAGCCUAGCAUCCGCUUCGGAUCCUUGGUUGCUGUCGAGAGCCAACGCGCAACUGGAAGAGUGGGAAAGCGAUCCUAACUUCUGGCCCCUCUUGCUUCAGAUCGCAUUCGACACCGGCCUCCAACUGCCUUGCUCUUCCUCUUCAUCAACCUCAACACACCACCAUCCAGACUCGAUCCGCAUUUUGGCCAUCAUUCGUUUCAAGAAUGGCAUCGACAAGUUUUGGAGGAGCCGUGUCAUGGCUCGAGUCACCGUAACCAUCCCCCUGGAGACAAAGCGUGCGAUGCGCAACUCUCUUUUUCAAUGCCUUCGAGAGCCCAAUCGUACCAUCGCCUUGCAGGCAUCAGUCGCCAUCUCGCGCAUCGCACGCCUCGACUAUCCUCGCGACUGGCCAGAUCUGUUCACCACGUUGCAGCAAGCCAUGUUGGAAGCACAUGGUGCCCUUGCAUCCCUCGCUCCAGCACCUCAACUUGAUCAGUCAGAAGAUCCUUCCAGCGCUCACCUCCGUCAACUCAACACUACCGUGCUGAUGCGUGCAGCACAUGUCUGCUCAAAGACGCUCAAAGAGCUCGAGUCAGUCCGUGUCCUUGCAGGCAAGAUGCGCAUGUCCGAGCUCUCGCGCCAACUGCUUCCUGCCUUGCAUCCCAUUUUCCAGCAAUACUUCUCUGACCUAUUCUCACUCAAUGUCGGCGACCAUCUUGCCACACUCUCGGCCUGGUCCAACACUACAUUGCGUGCAGAGCAAGUUCGCACCAGCCAUCUCUUGCUCAAAGCUAUCUCGCGUCUAGCUCUCGCAGAUAUCGGCAUGAUCUCCAGAUCCAACACCUCCCAAGGCGGCGCUUCCUCCAACAUGGCCCAGGCUUUCUUCCGGUCGACACCGCGUUGCUUGCAGACCCUCAAAGACACCCGGCUCGCAUAUCUCAGCCUUCUUCGCUCAUCACAGCCCUCAUCCACUUCCGCCUCGACCUCAGCUGCUCUUGUCACAGCACUCACCAAGCAUCUUUACUCUUUCGGCAAGUUCUUCCUCUCUCUCGUGCAGAGUCAUAACGGCAAGGCCGCUUUCUGGCAUGGAUGGUCCGACGUCGUCGCUUGGUAUUGGGUCCAGACCAAAGACGUGACCAAUGAAAGUCUCUCUGUGCCUCGCGACGAGUACGCCAACCACUCUGCAGUGAUCGAAUAUCCACCACGCUUUGUCGUGCAGUCGCUGGUACUGCUUAAGCACUCGCUCGCUCAGUGGAAAGGCAAUCAACCCGAAGGUGGAUUCUUCCUCACUCAUCACUUUGCUCGUCAAGCUGCCGAUGUGUUCACUGGCCGCCUCAUGCCUCUCAAUUCGGACGAUCUCGAACGAUGGCAAGCUGAUCCAGAAGAAUGGGCCGUUGGAGAAGAGCAGGAGAAUUACGAGCUUGACAUUCGACCUGCCGCUGAGCGUGCGCUCAUGGUCUUGGCUCAACACACCAAACCCCUCGGCUUUUUAGGUCAGCACAUCUGGCAGCAUUUCGAGUCGUCAUCCAGCCUCUCCUCUGACAAUCUCGAUGACAUUCUUGCACGCGAUGCUAUCUAUGCUGCAGUGGGAACAUGUCGCGACUACCUUUCACCAGCCGGAGAGGAUGACGACCGCCCUAGCAUGGACGUCCUCAUGGGUCAAGCUAUUGCCUCGAAGCUCGUCCCAGAAGCCCGCCUUGGUAAUGUCACUUCACCAAUGUGGAUCGUCAUCAGGCGUCGGAUUGCAUGGCUGCUGUGGGAGUGGUCGGAACAAGUGCCAAGAGAGUCGCGUCUCGAUGUCUAUUCGCUUCUGGUGGACUUGUUGGAGGACGUGCCGGAUCAGACUGAUGUGGCAGUACGCCUCGCUGCAGCUAAAUCCAUCUCUGCCAUCGCCGAUGCGCUCGAAUUCGACGCUGAUGGAUUUGAGCCAUUCUUGCCCAAAGCGCUUCGCAACUUGGCAACUCUGGCCGCCGCGUCAGACCUGCAUGAGAUGGAGUCGAUCAAGGUAUGCACUGAUGCACUUUCCAUCCUCAUUGAGCGCAUGGGUCCACGAAUUGCGCCACAUGCCGAUGCCUUGGUUGACCUUGUACCUAUGCUCUGGCAGCAGGAGGAUCCCGACUGCAAAGCUCGUCCCUCCAUCAUUGUCUUCAUCUCCAAGGUGUUGCGCGCGAUCGAGAUGCUACCUGCCACAGGCACAAGUGGAGCAUUGAUGCAGAAGGUGCAUCACAUGGUCUCGUCCAUCGUGCGCGAGUCGCUCAACCCUAAGGUGUCCCAUCUGCUCGCCAAAGAUGCCAUUUCUUUGCUCUGGAUUCGAGCACUUCAUUCCACACCUACAAUGACGCGGCCACUGUUCGAGCUCCUUGGUCUGGCGAAAGAUUUGGUGGUACAGCCUGACUACUGCGUCGAGAUGUGCCGCGUUAUCGAAGAGAUCUCGAUGCUCAACCCGCUCGAGAUGCUUCAGACGUACGGCCAUGAUCUGCUGACAGCUUUCAGUCAGAUCAUUGCAGAUCCCUCGAAUCCGAUGGUGCUAGCCCCGAUCUCAGCGCUCGACACACUCGUCCAGUCGCUGGUAGCCUUGCCAAACUGGACCGAGGUGCGCGAGAUGUGGAUCAGUGCGCUCGAGUCUACCCGUCUUGCAGCUGCGCUUGUUGGAUCGAUGCUGCACUUCCAGGACGCGACCUUGAUCGCGACGCACUUUAUCUCGCUGCUCUGUCGCAUUGCCUAUCAUUGCCCGCAAAACUCUUUCAUCCGUCUUGUGUCUGCAUCAUGGCCUGACAUGUCGCAAGAAAAGUACCCGACACCAAGUUCUGUCUGGCAAUCGCUCAUCAAGUCCAUCUGCACGCGUUUCGAUAACAUGGCAUCUAUGCGGAAGCGUCGCGUCACGGCACUUGGUCUCGCAUCCAUUCUUGAAUCAGCUGUCGUCGAAUAUGAGCAGGCUCAACAGGCACAGCAGGGAUCAGGUGCAGGGGUUGAGGUGAUCCAGGAAGUAGUUGCUUGUACGCCAGAGUUGAUCGCGGUUUGGUCCGAGAUGUUGGCAGCCAUCAACGAGUCGAAACCUUUGGACACGGGCAAGUACGUUCGCCCGACGUCGCCUAUCUCAUCGAUGCAUCUGGGCGAUGUGUUCUUCGAUGAUGAUGAUGAGGGGGAUGGUGGAUGGUUGCAGGAUAUCUCGCCGGGUGCCGCAAGGGCGCAGAGAGUGGCGAUGGCGGAUGGUACGUUGACAGUGGCGAUGAACGAGCAUGUGAGAACGGUGCUGUCGCAUGCACAGGCUUCGUACCCUGGCUUUUCGAGGCUGCUGGAAGCAAUGGAUCCUUUGGUGGUCAACAUGUUUCAAAAGGAUCUGAUGGGAUAA